CAUGGAUUAACAUAUAUCGUGUGUCAAUCGUAUAACUUCAUUGGAAUCGAUUUUCUUCUCAUAAUUACUUAACUAACGCUAUUGGACUUCUAUGAUAUUACCCAGGCUUUGGAUAUCUGCUGGCUUGUGUGGAAUAUUGCAGCCAUGAGUCCCCCGCUCACGAAGAACGCACGCGAGAACUACGUCGCCUCGGUCACGCUCAUCGUACUCACCUCUGUGUGUGUGCUUCUACGGUUAUCGCUGAAGAUUUUCAGGGGGCAGAGCCCGAGGGGUCCGGAUUUGUUGUGCUUUGUUGCUAUGGGCGUGUUUGGGACGUACGCUGCGUUGAUCUUGAACUUUAUUUUCAACGUCUCGCAGUACCGCGCCCUCGAUCCUGAUCCGAGAUUGGGUGUUGAUGAAGCUAUGAAUCUCGCAAAGUUAGUCUACACCAACGAGCUCCUCUUCGGCGCCGGAAUCACCGCUAUUAAGCUCAGCAUCCUCUGGUUCUACCACGACCUCUUCUCCGUGGACAUGACCCUGCUCCGCGUCAUACGAGUUACCGCGGGGAUCUGCAUUCUCUGGUUCGUCGUGGCGACCCUCGUCAUCGCGCUGCAGUGCUCGCCCGUGCAGGCUUACUGGGAACACUACGAUCUACCCCCGUACUGUCUCGAGUAUCCGCGCGUCCUGCUGGGCUAUGAGAUUUCGAAUCUCUUCAUCGACGUUGCGAUCUUGUGUAUUCCUACGGGAACGAUAAUACGCCUGAAUCUCUCGUGGCUGAGGAAGGUCCCGAUUAUCUCCAUUUUCUUGCUGGGCGCAGUGGUCUGUAUAUUCAGUAUUGUUAGAUUAACCGCUAUAUGGAACCCGCCCGAUAUAUUCACGGGCUUGAACUUCGGUGCAACAUACAUAUGGUCUACAGCACAGCUAGGUGUCGCUAUCAUCACUAGCUGCCUGCCUACUUUCGGCCCACUGCUGUCGUUCUUUGCGAAGCCUGUCCCGUAUAUCAGGAGCUUGUAUGAGGCUCUACGGUCAUUCUCGUCUAUCAACCGCUCUAGUGCGCGGAAUAAGGUGAUGGGUGCUGUUGGUGAUGAAGGCUCCUGGGGUAGGGUUGCAGAUGAUAGAGGGACGUCUCCUCAGAGCUGGACGCACGCUGUGGACCUGGAUACCACCCAGUUUGCGCUACAUGCUGUGCCUUCGAGGGCGGCCUUGGUUGAUAGAGGGGUUGAUGCUGUCUAGACAACGUAGGAAUCUAUUGAAUGUCUAGCCACGGGGUUCAUAG